AUGGGUUUCUUGCUUCUCGAAAGGAGUGGUGAGUGGGACGAGGUCUACGUAGCAUCCCGGCUUACCGGCACCAGUGACUUGAUCGUGAGAACCACUACUGCUGACGCAUCCGAUUGGCAGUGGAGCAUUGUCAGAACAGUGCUGGGAGCUGUACGUGCGCCUGUGGGUGUCGGUGGAGCUCGUGGGGCGCCAGCAGGGGUUCAUGCAGGUCAGAUCAAUUGGAUCUGUCCUCCAGAAAACCCAGCUGCAAAAUGGAAUCCCCAUGCAGACGAGCUAACAGCCAUUCAGCAGGAGGGCCAGUUGUUAGCAAUUCAGCUGAGCCAGUCAGGGGUGAACGAUUCGAUGGUGACCAUUCCCGGUCAGGGGAUGGAUCUGAUUCCCGUACCAGUGGGAGGUCCACCGGUAGUGGGACCAGGAGGCGCAGGUGUUUUGGCGCCGGCGCAGCCCGCGGCAGCCGCGGCGCUGGGACCGGUAGGACCAACACCAUCUCGGAAAUCAGGCGUGGAUCCGUUGAACCUGCAAUCCCUGGCAGACGCAGUGCAGGAGUUGCGUUCCAUGGCAAAAGACAAGGAUUCCAAGGAGCGCAGAAAGAAAAAGAAGCAAGACAAGAAGAAGAAGAAGAAAAAGAAAAAGAAUCGCGACACCAGUUCAUCCAGCAGUCGCUCGCGGAGCAGCCGAAGCAGCUCGUCGUCAGAGGACGACUCCGAUGCCCCGCUGAGGUGGGGCUACAAGGCCAAGACCGAGGAUGUCGAGCACUCUCAGAUCUAUGCGUUGGACCAGCAGAAGUUCAAGCGGAAGGGAGAGUUGGUGGCGUAUGCAACAAAGCAUCCCGGAGCGCUCACGGCCCACUUUCUGGCGUCCAUCUACGCCAGGUUGUCCAAAGGCAGAUUGACCCGGAGUUCGCAACUUCGGCAGGCCAGUGUAGUGAGCUGGGCUUCGCAAUUCUCCGGUCUGACCGAGAUCAGGGACAUCCGCGAGGUCCUCACUCUUGCCGAGGCCAUGGAUGCCAUAAACCGGAAGGAGAUUGCUCGAGCUAUGGAUGUGUUGACUCAGCGGAUCCUUGCAAUCCAGCAGGCGAAGAAGAAGGGUGGAACAUGGGAGAAGGCCGAGAUGAUCGAGUUGAUUCCAUCCGGGAGCCGACGACUACGCAAGAUCAUGGGUGGUCUCCGCAUAAGCUUAGGCUCGGAGGGGUCUGUCCGUGAUCUGUUCUGCAUGUUUGUCUGCGGCUGUGAGAGACUCUUCGCUCAUCAGGGCAGUGUCUUCGAUUUUGGACGUGCUUUGUGGAGGAUGGGCAGGGGCACAUCUCAGUUGCAGAAGAGUAUUGAAUUCAUGGAAAUUUCUUCGAGCCGAGGUAUUCCUGGGCGCAGUUUACCGCAUGUUUUUCCGUUGCCAUCGUUUGUCACAGAGGAAGGGGUGUCACGGUUCCAAUUUGGGCGUAUGCCCGCCACUCAUGAUGAGAGGGUGGGCCACGGCGUGAACAUCCUGCAGGCAGCUCUGAACAUGCUGUAUGGGGGAGGUCAGACGAAAGUGCAGUCCGUCCUGACCGCUGCCCACAAGCGCAUCCAGGCCCGGCUUCAGAAAGGGGUUCAGUCAAUGAUGGUUGAGGAACCUUUGCUGGGUAGAAAAGAGACCCUUGAAUUUUUGAAGCAUCAGCAACAUUAUGUUGGGGGUGGAGUGGCCAUCCCCCUCGGGAAUAGAGGGGGGGUGCCAGAUCAAGCAGCACAAGUCGACUUAGCAGGAGCGCUGGAGACGAUGUUUCCUUCUCUGGCCAUGCAGGUCAGGGAGCCGAAAGUUCUUCUACUGCCGUCGAGACGGCGUCCCAUUCGGAUCAAGAGAGGCCACACGUGGCUUCAUUCAACAUAUCCAGAUCUGGUUCGCCGCAACGUCGCAGCAGGGCUUCAUGUAUUGAAAAAGCCAAAGCAAGUAGCACGUCACAGAGGCAAGUGUGUCUUGGCAGGUGCAUUUGCAGUGAAGAAGGAUGACGCUGAGGACCGAGUUAUUACCGACCCAGCAGUCAAUCAAUUGCUAGACCCAGCUUUGUUGCCCCGUCCACGCUUCGCUUACAUUCCAAAGAUGAGGACCUUGUGGGUUCCCAAAGUCGGCAAGCUCUUGAUUAGUAAACGUGAUGCUCGACAUUAUUUUCACACGCUCCGCAUCGGUAACAAGUGGCAUAAAUGGCUGUGCGGACCGCCUAUUCGGAGUAACUCAGGGGAUGAGAAAUAUCCAGCAUGUGCAGCGGCUCCGAUGGGUUUUGGUCCGAGUGCGGGUUGGGCGCAGGCGCUGACAGAUGUGGCGACAGCUCACGCCCAACUUCCGGAUCACAGGCGGCUGCAUCCAGACAGUCUUUGCCCCGUGGAUUUGCCUUUGUGGGGCAGCAUCUGUGAUGAUAUUUGGUGGUUGGAUCAUGUUCAUGCUGGGCAACAUGCGACAGGUCCUGAGCGACUGGCAGCCGCGGAAGAGGCCUGGAAAGCUCAUGGUGUCACAGCUCAUAAGAAGAAGUCGGUUGACGAGGGCGACACAGAGAUCCAAGGUUACCACAUUAGUUCUGAUGAUCACUGGGUUGGGGUAUCACUGCGUAAGCGUUACAAUCUCUUUGAGGCCACACGGCAGCGGGCAGCUCGGAAGCGAUGCGCAGUUCUCCCUGACAACGUGUGGAUAGAGCUUAUGUUGGCUGCCCUAUUCCUACCUUUCUAUCAGUUUGACAUUUCAGCACCUUUCUCCACGCGGGUGGAGUGUACCGAUGCAAGCAUGACAGGUUUGGGACGUGCAUGGGCAACCAUGCCUACCGAGAUCGUUCAGGAAAUGGCGAGGCUCACGGAUGCAGCAAAAGUGUAUACAAAUCUCAAUCUGCCUUGGGGAAUAGGGCUCACGGCAGAGCAAAAAUGCCCCCUUCGGAGAUUAAAGCUUCCCGUUCACAAGGUUUUCUGGCAUAAAGCUGGGGUGCGAAGUUUCCCUUCGCAAAUAUUUCUCGGAGAAGCUGAUGCCUGUGUAUGGUCAGCGGCCGACCGUUUGCGCAGGCCGCAGGAUGAUGACAGCAGGUUCGUGCAUCCGCUGGACUCCGCGACAUGCGUCGGGGCCUUUAUGAAGGGUCGUUCGCCAAGCAGGUUGUUAAGCAGACGCUGCAGGAAACUAUUCGCUAUAUGUAUUUCCGGUGGGCAUGAAGUGUUCUACCCGUGGAUCCCCUCGGGAGACAAUCCUGCAGACGCCCCUUCACGUUGGUUUGAGGUCGGGGCCGAAUCAUCCUGGAAGAAAGCUCAACCUGAGCCUUCGGAAGAAGUGGUGAUGAGCCCUGUCACUUUGAGCGCUUGGACGGGCGGAGAGAGAUUUUUCGUGCACCUUUGUUCAGGUCCCAGUACAAGCUUCGACAUUGUGUCUGAGUUCGAGAGAAUGUUUUCCGAACAGGGCCUCAAUGUUCAUGGGCUUCGCAUUGAUCCGCAGGUUGACAUGAGUAACAUUCGGUGGCCAUUCGAAGAAGCUCCAGACAUGUUGCUUCCAACUCAUGGUCAAUGGUUAUUGUCGCUUAUUCAGUCAGGUCGUGUCAUUGCGGGGUUUGCAUCGCCACCGUAUGCGCUAUUCUCACCCCAAGUUUUUCGAGACGUCGCAUGCGCGACGGACGCUUUGCAGAAAACCAGCAUGCAACGAAGUCGUGACAGUGCGGUGCGGGUUAUUCUUUAUCUCCUAUGCGUGGGUCUCUUGGGUGAAAUGCGAUCAAAGGGAGCGUGGUGUGGGUUCGCCCACAGGCUUGGCCGCAAUCAACAGAUUCCUCACUCCAAGUCCGGUUCACGCAUGUUGAAUCGGCUUCAACGCUUCGCAGGGCUGCGUCGCUGUGAGAUUGAUCCGCACUGGUAUGGUUCUCAAGGUAAACAUGAUAUAGCUCUGUAUGUGUCGGGGUGCCAGAAACUGCAUGCUGAACAAUUUUCACAUGUUCCGCUGCCUUUGAGUGCGGAGUUGGCCUGCCAUUGCAUCCAACAGGUGUUGAAAGCACAGAACUAUGGUUACACCAUGCCGUUCAAGCCGCUUCACGUUCGUUCAAGUGGUUUGGAUCCUUGGCGAAGUGAGCUCGGCACCUCUUGGGAUUGGCCACAGCCGCGUGGAAAAUUUCUUGAUGAACAGCAGGACAUGUUUCUGGCUGAAUGGCUAGUUGAUGGCUAUGAGCUCGGGGCAGGUCGUUCGGACUAUGGUAUCGCGUUGGCGGCCCUGGGUCGGGCGAACCCUCGCUGUCGGUUUCGUACCGCGUGGAAGGUGUUCGAUGUCUGGGGUCAGAUGCAACCUCCAAUGCAGGCCGGCGCAGCACCUCCUGAGCUUGUUACGGCUAUGAUGCUAGCAGCUUUCGCGCUGAACAAGGUUCAGGUCGCAAUGGUGAUUUGUGUCUCCUUUGCCGGUCUGCUUCGUGUGGGCGAGGCCCUCAACCUGCACUGGAAAGACGUGGUAAUUGGUGAUCACAGUAUUACAUUGUGUCUGGCGUCUACCAAAAGGGGUAUGGAGCAAAAAGUGAUUCUUACUAAUGCCGUGGUUUGUGUGUGGGUUUGCAGGUAUAAGACCUUGUAUGAAUCUCGCUUCCACGGGCGCGUGUUCUCGGCGUCUUAUUCGUCUGUUCUCAGAUGGGUGAAACGCCUGGCUAUGCUGUUGGGAGCGCAAGAUCUGCAUAUUACCACACACAGUUUCCGUCGUUCAGGCGCUAGUGAGUUGUCAAAGCGGGGUAUGCCCCUCAGUGAUAUUCUACUCUACGGGAGAUGGCUAUCGGAACGGUCUGCCAGAGAAUACAUUCGAAAAGGUGAGGUGGCAAUCAUUCGAGCCGCAACUUCUGUUCCCGCAGUUGCUUUGCAAACUUGGAAUCGUUGGGCCGCCCUACUGCCACAUGCAUGGAAUAUUCAUGCUGCGAUGUCAGUGGUAUGCCCUGUGGAAGUUGCAGCUCGCAGCGUGACUGAUGACAUAUUCAGGCGACUGUCUACUGCAGUCUUUGCCCUCUUCCGAGUUUGA